CGCCUCCCGGAUGCUGGUGGUAGGAGGAGCACGGCGAGCGGAGGCGGACGACGAGCAGCCAGUCGUCUUCCCGGUUGCUCGUCAGGCUUGAGGAAUUAGUGGAGGAGGGGACGAGGAGCUCGAGCCGUGCGCCUCGGUGUCUUUUGUCAGCCGUGUCCUGCCUGAGCUAUGUUUUGCGCCGGCGUUCUGUAUUGUCAAAAGGGCCGCGGACUUCCGGUCCAGCAGCUAGCUAGGCCCAAGUUCGCUCGUGCCUCCGCCGCCGCCGUCACCGUGCGCCGCGGCCCCAUCCGCGUCACCUUACAGGCCCUCGGCGACGGAUCCAUUGCCACCGCUGGCCUGGUUGGGGGCUAGCGAGACUUCUCGUCGUGCUCCCACCGUCCCAGACCGCCGGCGGCCUCCCCUGUCUGGCCACGUCCUACAUCUCCCGUCUCGUCGCCGUCAGCUGCAUAUGCGAGGAACCGCGAGACGAGGUCGCCGAGGAGAUCUCGGGUCCGUUUCGUCAGUCGCGAUGCAACCGGGCGGUGGGCGUUGGCAUGUCCACCGCGUCCGCAAGGUGUUCGGCGCAUUGCGCGACCGCACCCUCGACGAGAGCCCACUGGCGUCAGCGCACUCAUGAACACGUGUGCUUCAGCUAAUCAUGUCUACUUGUUCCUUGUGCUGUCGUGCAUUUACCAGGGACGGGAAUUUCAGAAGCUGGAAUCCGGAAGAAUGUUCCAAUAGGUGGAGGCAGAUACAGGCAGAGCCCCUCCUCUCCACUUGCUUCUCUCUAAUGCGUGUAUGAACCUGAUGCAGUGGUUAAUUGUCUUGUUGGGAUGCAGAUGAAGCAGCUGGAAGCCACACAGAGGAUCUCUUCCUGCGUUCAUCCAGCUUAGUGCUCCCACCUCUAGUUUCGUACCUAAAUGUUUUGAUUUUGAAUGUACUCCAUCUGUUUCACCGUGACAAUUUUCAUCUCAUGGUAGAUAUCCAUUGAUGUAAUCAAGACCGCAAUUCACUUUUCCCACUGUUGCUUUUGCUUUUAGAACUUGGGAGCAAAAGAUGAAUUGGCUAUAACAUUUCUUUCAUACAUGUUAUUCUCUUCAUCUCAUUAACAUAAAUUCCAUUCUAGCUCCAUGAACACACCAUUUUAGAACCUUUACUUUGCUACUGAUGCAACUUCAGAGCAAAUAGCACCUUACACCAGGUAGUUUGCAACUUGUGUCACUAUAGUAGGUUAUGUAAGAGUUUUCACUCCGCAUCAUGUUCUGCUCAGUAAUAUUGCACUUCGCACCAUGUCCGGCAAAAAAACAUGUUUGUGUUUUUUUGGAAAAGAUUAACAUGAGCAUAUGAACUUUGGGAAACUGAAUUUUCAUGUAUCUGCAAGACAUCUAGUUUAGACUGGAGUCAUUAUAUGAAUCACUUAGUUUGAGUUCUGUGCAUUAUCAAUUCGUUUAAAUAAGAUGGUAAAACAAAUUGUAAAAUGGGAGAGUUAAUGCUGUAACUUUUUAGCUUUAAGUAACCGCUUUUAUGAGGUUCUUCUGUCUCCUACAUUUAUUUUGGACUCUUAUGUCCAUGUACAUGCCGAUAACAUGACAGUUGGGUGCAUUUAAUAUUAAUCUUACUAUAAUUUUCUAUCCAAAAUCAUCUUCACAAAAUAUCUAAGAUAUCUUCACAAGAUGGUGUUUGGUACAUGCAUGUGCUCAUGUGGACUAAGAAUUAGACCUUUGUUCACUGACAAGCACAUACCAUGUAAACUAAGUUAUGUUCAGCUUGUUUCUUAAUUAAAAUGUGUUUGUGCUUAACUUUAUUUACAUGUGCAUGUCCAAUAAAUUUGAUUCCAUUCCAGGUACACCUCAAAGAUGUACUAAAACUAUGAAAGGGGUACAAGUCAACCAUAAAACUCAUAAUAGGAGUUAACUACCAUAUUUGUGCAUGUCUAAUAAAUUCGAUUAUGUUUGAGGUACAUCUUAAGGUGUACUCCCUCUGACCCCAUUUACAUGGUGCACACAUGUUCUGAGAUCCAACUUUGACUAACAAAACUUGGGCUCUGUGUUACAACAAUUAUACCAUUCAAUCCAUAUUAAAGAGUAAUUUCCAAUGGUAUAAUUUUUAUGAUAUUUAAUUAGCAUAUCAUAGAUUAAAAAAAAUUGAUGGUCAAAGUUUAAUCGCGACGAGGGUGCGAUGUAAAUAGAGACGCAUGGAAUACUAAAACAACGAAAGGGGUAGAAGUCGACCAAAACUCAUAUCUCGCUUACAUAAGAAUGGCAAUGCUUCAAUUAUUUAGUUUCGAAGAGAAAUCCUUUGCCUGGUGCAUGCUUCAUGACAAAAAGUAAGUGGACUAUUUAUGAGUGAUUUUCUUAAGGUGAAAUUUUGUAUUACAGAGCCCCCCCCCCCCCCCCCCUGUAUAGGCUUGUAUACAAAUAUAUUUUCGUGCAAUCUAGCGUAACUAUUUAUACUUAGUCGAGUUUGAUAACUAUUUAUACUUAGGCCCUGUUCGGUAAUGGUCCGCUCUGGGAAUCUGCGGAGCGGGUAAAUGGCAACUCCACCAUUUUGACCUACAGCUCCGCCAACUCCACUCCGGGAGCUGCGGAGCGGAGCGAUGCCGAACAGCCCCUUAGUUUAGUUGAGUUAGAUCCUCAAACUAUCUUAUUUCUUAAAUCAGGCCCUUAUAAUGGUCUGAUUUUGACUAUUAACAGGUUGAUAGGGUAGUUGAAUCUUGCCACAUAGGACUACCAACUAGUCAACAAUUCACUAUGUGCACAAGAACUGGUCAAGUUUACUGUCUGGGACUCGCCGGCCUCCCUACAGUUUUCAGAUCGAAAAGAGAUCUGGUCAGAGUGAGAAUUAGGUGGUAGGAUUGGUCCAACUAAGAAGAGGGGUCUAAACUCCUCCUUCAGUUGUAAUCUCUCCUGAAAAGAUGCUUCAAUUAUCUAACUGUACAAGAAAUAUCGUUCAAGAUCUUCGCAUUUUGCAUGUUCAAGAUAUGCAAAGCUACUGCUGCAAAGAAAGACUUCUAUGAAGAACCGGUCCUGCUCUUAAAAUCGUUUUUAUUGAGACAGUCUUAUUGAUCACUGGUUUUUCAGUCACCCAGCCACCACCAACUGGCCUCAUCAACUGAACUGGGUGGACUAGUUGGGCUCAGUGGUGGAGCGACAUGGGCUAGAAUAACCAUGGGUGUGCAAGACACCUGAUAACAAUUUUUAUGUGGAACCUGGUAUUUAGUAGGUAUGCUGCAUGUAUAUGUAUACGUGGGCUACAAAAAAUGAGAACUUCACCCAUGUGUUCUUGGUACGUUCUUUAGAGCUUGCAAUCUCAUAUGCUAGCCCAAUCUGCAUUGCCAACCCAAAUUUCCAGGUUCCAACGGUCUAGCACUCACUAUUGAUGCUUAGGGCAUGUUUUCAUAGCCACACCUUGUCGAAUUUUGCCAGAGGUAUGGCAGUUCGGAAGGGUACUGUUUACUUUUACUGCUACAACUGUGGUAUGCCACACUUCCUUUGCAGCAUACCCCACUUAUUAUAAUCUCUUCGGAAUACCUACCUAUCGUGGCUAACUGGCUAUGUGCGGGAGCCCCAGGAACCCUAAUUACUCAUAGGUCGAUGCUGUCAUCAUACGUUUGUAUGGUAUACCUCCUCAUAGUUUAGGACUACCCAUCAACACCUUUUAUACCUGUCAUAGUUAGUAGAUAAAGCAUGGCAAAGUCAGCAUGUGCAAAGUUUGGCUAGGUGUGGCUAUGAACCAAAUAUUCCCUAAGCAUUAACAGUCCACUGGACAAACCUAAUCCCGAACUUAGAAUAUGACAGUUACUCUCCUUGCCUUCAUCUGCAUCAACGAGACAAUGCGGCACCAACUACAACCCACCUCAGCAGAAUCAUUGUCUACUAUGUGUAACCAUCUUUGAGCGGCAAGAGCGACCUCGUGUGACUUGCCCACUUUGGGCGUGGGUGCAGCAUCGUUCCUGCACAUCUUCUCUCGUUCCGCAAUAGACAGGUUGCUUUGCCUCAUGAAUGAGUUGCGCUUGAGCACCUUGCCCAGGGAAGUCGGCGGCGUAAAGGUAGAGGCAGCCGGCAGGGGUUCAUUCAAUAGAAAAUGUGUAAUUUGAGCUACCGAACUUCCCUACUCCUCUGUAUCAAAAUAUAAGACGUUUUUUGAUACAAGAUAAGUAUAAAAAACGUCUUAUAUUUUGAUACAGAGGGAGUAUUGUAUAUCUUCAAUUUUUCUGUUGGACAAUGCUAUUAACCCUAUAGCUAUGAUUUUUUAACGACCAGCAGUAGGAAUUCCUACUGCGUAUAUUUAUGUAUUUCUGUGAAGCAUGUUACAUAAGUACAUAAAGAUAGUAAAGAAAGAAGAUUCAGUGGAGCUGGCAAUUUAGGCACGGAAAUCGUGAAGUUUUUUUUUUCCUUUUGCCCUACGGAUAACCAUGGCAAGUUCUUUGAAUUUCAUUCUGCAUCCAUAAAGACUUGGUAGCACUCCUUUGAAAAUAUAGUCACUGCGAGUGUCCAAAUAAGGCAAGCUUGAUGGCUUGAAUGUGAUGCAGAAACCAAGAGUUGUGGCAGCAGACAUAUUUCCAGCAUUCAUUGGUAAAUUGGCAGUGGAAGGAAAGGUGAUCUCUGGUUUCAGUUGUGCUUGCUCCACAUAGAGCAUACUAAUAGUCAGGUAGGAAAAGGUUUUCCUCUGAACAAUCUCUCUUGUGUUUAGCCUGUAAUGUAAAAGCAGCAAGAGGAAAACCUUAAGCUUCUUUUGGCAACAUGAUUUCCAAUCACUCAAAUGCUAGUAAUGCCUCGGAAACUUAAGCUAUCUGCUAUCUAAAUACUGAACUGCCACCUGUGCUAUGCAUUCUCUAAUAUUGAACUUCAUAAUGUUUGAUCGUUGUCUUGUUGCUGCCCUGCCUUGGCACUUGUUUGCAAGUUUGACCAUUGUUUGACACUUGUUUGUUGUUGGCUGUUGCUACAUGGAAAAUGGAGCUUGGGGUCCAGAUCAAUGCUUCAAACCUGCAAAGGGCAUCCGCAAUUCAGCAUUAGAAGUUGGCGACUUGGAGGUUUGGAGCUGCUUCGGUAUGAUCAGGGAAAGAGGGCAGCAAGAUGUCAGAGGAUACGGUUUCCUGGCUGGAGUAGCCUGUUCAAUAUCAACAGCCAACCAAUAUGCAUCAGUUAAAGUUUCAGGAACCGAAGCUGCCAUGGAGAAGGACUAUAGUGUGAGGAUGGGUUUUGUGGAUGAUUAUAUUUGUGCUAUUUGUGAUGAGGGUGGCGACUUGAUAUGUUGUGAUGGUGACUGUGGGAGGUCAUUCCACCCAACCAAACCUACUGGUGAAGCUUCUCAUUGCGACACUCUUGGUCUGAGUGAAGAACAACUGGAACUACCUGAGUUUCUGUGCGAAAAUUGUGCGUCUAAGAAGCACCAGUGCUUUGUUUGCGGAGAGUUGGGAUCUUCAGACCAAGGAGGAGGCGAACAGGUCAUCAUACAGUGCAAUAAAAGGGGCUGUAAGCGCUUUUACCACCCUGAAUGUCUUCCACUGGACAUCAAUAAUUUGCCAGGGGAUUCAUGCCCUAUGCAUGAAUGCUACUCGUGCAAGAAAAAACAUGCAACAUCAAAGGGUAACAAAACAACAGGAAAAACAAAGGGAAAAGGAACGUGCAGGAAAAAACAUGCAACGUUGGAGGGUAAUAAAACAAUAGGAAAAUCAAAGGGAAGGGGAACGUGGGGAAUGGACUUGGUGCUAUGCAGGCGCUGCCCCAAAGCAUUUCAUCGGAAGUGCUUGCCAAGGAAAAUCAAUGGCGGUGAAGGUGAAAUAAAGAGGAUAUGGGAGACUGCGGGUGGGACUGUGUUCUAUUGCAGGGAUCAUGAGAUGGUAGAAAAUCUCAGAAGUGCAAAGAGGAAUCAUAUUAAGUUUCGAGAAGAAAAACCUAAAGGUGCGACUGAAAACCAAAGUGUUGAGGAUGGGAACAAGUGAAGUGUUCCUGUUGCGAAAAAUAUGGCCGGACCUGUGGUGGCCUCCCUCCAUGAUUUAUCUUCCAACUUGUUGGAGAAAGGAAGCUUGUCUUGGGCUCUUGGAGAAUCGCAAAGAUAGUGAAGUGAAAACUUUGGUGUCGUCUAUGACAGAUAACAUUAUCUGCAGUCUUGCGUCAUUCAUGUGUUGAUGUGUUGAUGUGGUUUAUGUCCGGUGACCGUGAAACCGCUCUGGUGUGUAGCGUGACAUUGUUAUUUCGUACAUUGCCAGAAUUUGGACAUUAAUCAGGUAGUAUGAACCGCCAUUAAGACGACGCAGAUGUGAGUCGUCAUGAUAGAAAUGUGCUGGCAUGUCACCGGCAGGGGUCUUUCCUCCCUUGCCCUUAUCUGGUUGGUGCUUCUAAU